AUGGACGCUCAUCGCAAAGUCGCCAAAGGACCCGGCACGCGCGACCUCAGCUCCGUCCUCAGGCCCAAGAAGGCCGGUAACCUGGCCGAUGACGACGAUGCAGACCUCCCCCCUCCAUACACCGAGCUUCCCGAGCUCCAUGUCCUCCCAUCGUACCGGAGCGCGUGUCCGCUCAAGCCAUACCGGCCGUUCCCCAACACGAUCCGCGCCCACCACCGCCUCUCGCAGCUCAACUCCAUCACGCUGAGCGGGCCAGACAAGGAGCGGCUCUACUACGUCGAAGUGCACAAGGGCUUCCAGCACGUCGACCCGCUCGGCUACCGCGCGGGCGUGGUGCUGCGAAACGGGCCACGCAGCAGAGACGAGGUGCUGGCCGCCGCGGGCGAGGAGAUGCAGUCCGCGCUGAGGAUAUACGCCGUCCCCCUGGAUCCGGACCCAAACAGCGUGUUUUUCCUGCCGCCCCUGGAAUUCGGCACCAACUCGCGGGCCAUGGCCAUGGAGAGGAUGCGGCCCGGGGUGCUGGGCAGCAGGACACGCGCGUUUACCUUUUUCGUCGAGGUCGAGCCCCUGCGAAGCAUGAGGAGGCAAAAGUUUGCGUGGGUGCAGGACACCGACGGCGACGACGGUGUCAAGCCGCCCGGCUUCAGGCUGGUGCGGGCCAUGGCAGCAGAGGCCAAGGGGGGCUCCGAGUGCGACGCAUCUGCUUCUGCAUCUGCUUCUCGUCCAGCCGACGCGGUCUACGGGGAGACUGUGGCCGCGCUCGCGUUUCCGCACACGUCCCUGGUGAGCCGGGAGGCGUUUACGCUGUCCAUGCUGGGGAGCGCUAGGGACGGCCGGCUAGGGGAGAGGUGCGAGAUUGCCAUUGUCGUGACGGCGCUGCGGAUUUGGAACUUUCACGCAAAGGGGCAGUUGGACUAG